AUGCACGCCAUAGCGGAUAUUGGCGGGCAAACCUGUUUCAGUGGAGCACAGAUAUUGGAAGACCUGAGAUGCACCUACGAUCACCUGGUACCAACUAGCCAUAGUAUAUGCGGUAUAACAAACGAUCACCCGGUACCAACUAGCCAUAGGAUAUGCGGUAUAACAAACGAUCACCCGGUACCAACUAGCCAUAGGAUAUGCGGUAUAACAAACGAUCACCCGGUACCAACUAGCCAUAGGAUAUGCGGUAUAACAAACGUUCACCCGGUACCAACUAGCCAUAGGAUAUGCGGUAUAACAAACGAUCACUUGGUACCAACUAGCUAUAGAAUACGCGGUAUAACAAACGAUCACCUGGUACCAACUAGCCAUAGGAUAUGCGGUAUAACAAACGAUCACCUGAUACCGACUAGCCAUAGUAUACGUGGUAUAACAAACGAUCACCUGGUACCAACUAGCCAUAGGAUACGCGGUAUAACAAACGAUCACCCGGUAACAACUAGCCAUAGGCUAGGCGGUAUAACAAACGAUCACCCAGUACCAACUAGCCAUAGGAUAUGCGGUAUAACAAACGAUCACCUGGUACUAACUAGCCAUAUGAUAUGCGGUAUAACAAACGAUCACCCGGUACCAACUAGCCAUAGGAUAUGCGGUAUAACAAACGAUCACUCGGUACCAACUAGCCAUAGGAUAUGCGGUAUAACAAACGAUCACCUGGUACCGACUAGCCAUAGUAUACGCGGUAUAACAAACGAUCACCUGGUACCAAGUAGCCAUAGGAUACGCGGUAUAACAAACGAUCACCCAGUACCAACUAGCCAUAGGAUAUGCGGUAUAACAAACGAUCACCUGGUACUAACUAGCCAUAGGAUAUGCGGUAUAACAAACGAUCACCCGGUACCAACUAGCCAUAGGAUAUGCGGUAUAACAAACGAUCACUCGGUACCAACUAGCCAUAGGAUAUGCGGUAUAACAAACGAUCACCUGGUACCGACUAGCCAUAGUAUACGCGGUAUAACAAACGAUCACCUGGUACCAAGUAGCCAUAGGAUACGCGGUAUAACAAACGAUCACCUGGUACCAAAUAGCCAUAGGAUGCGCGGUAUAACAAACGAUCACCUGGUACCAACUAACCAUAGGAUACGCGGUAAAACAAACGAUCACCCGGAACAAACUAGCCAUAGGAUAUGCGUUAUAACAAACGAUCACCCGGUACCAACUAGCCAUAGGAUACGCGUUAUAACAAACGAUCACCCGGUACCACCAACCAUAGGAUACGCGCUAGGUACUAGCAAUCUAUCUAUCUAUCUAUCUAUCUAUCUAUCUAUCUAUCUCAGUAUUUCAUAUCUAUCUCAGUUUUUUCAUAUCUAUCUAUCUAUCUAUCUAUCUAUCUAUCUAUCUAUCUAUCUAUCUAUCUAUCUAUCUAUCUCAGUAUUUUCAUAUCUAUCUAUCUAUCUAUCUCAGUAUUUCAUAUCUAUCUCAGUUUUUUCAUAUCUAUCUAUCUCUGUAUUUUCAUAUCUAUCUAUCUAUCUAUCUAUCUAUCUCAUUCUAGUUGGACCUAUCUCUCUCUCAACUUCUCUUUCUCUCUCUCUCUAUCUAUCUCAUUCUGAUCACAUCUACCUCUUUCGAUCUGUUCAUAUCUUUACAGUAUAUCUAUCUUGGCGCUUUAGUGAAUACCGCACGCCUCGACCGAGCUAUUCUCCGGCCUUUUACAAGUGCUAUUGUACCGGAGGAGAUGCUCCCUUUUUCUUUUUUUUUGUGUUUUUUGUUUCUUUUUUUGUUUAUUUGUUUCUUUUUUUUUGUUUGCGUCAUUUCUUUCUUUCUUUCUUUCUUUCUUUGUGUCUUUUCUUUCUUUUUUCCUUUUUUCUUUGUUUCUCGUCUUUGUUUCUUUUUUUAUUUUUUCUUUCUUUUUCUUUGUUUCUUUCUUUACUUUGUUUCUUUUCUUUCUUUCCUUCUUUCUUUCUUUUUUCUUUCCUUUUCUUUCUUUCUUUCUUUUUUAUUUUUUUGUUUCUUUUCUUUCUUUCUCAUUUUUCUUUCUUUGUUUCUUUCUUUUUUUGUUUCUUUCUUUUUUCUUUGUUUCUUUCUUUCUUUGUUUCUUUCUUUUCUUUCUUUUUUCUUUCUUUCUCAUUUUUCUUUCUUUUCUUUCUUUCUUUCUUUCUUUCUUUCUUUCUUUCUUAA